GUAGCCACGCUGCCACUCUCUCGCUUUGUGAAACAUUACGGACGCAAGACUGUUGCUGAGUGAACGAGUUCAGAAACAAUCUCAUCGCCAACAGGUAGUCAAGAGAGAAAAACCUGCCAUUUACUGUAACAUUUAAAUGGAUGUGAAAGAGGAAACGUGUGAGGCUGACCUGAAUAUCAUUGAGGAGAGGACCAUAAAUGUUAAGGAGGAGGACUGUGAGUGGGAGAGUGUCCACCCCAAACAGGAGAGUCUGGACAUUAAGGAACAGGACAGUGAAUUGGGGUCAGUGUGUAUUAAAAUGGAGGAUACAGAAGAGUGUGUCAGCACUGAGGUGGCCACCUAUAGGAGUAUGGAAAGUGUCAAGGAAGAUGACCUUCAUUAUGGAGAUCAAGAUAGAGCAGUGACCCAAUUAGUCUGUUCUCAUAGCAGACACUCUUCAUCUCCGGAGUCUUCUAUCAAUGUAAAAUAUGAAUCAUUACAGUCUGACAGAAAGACGAUUGAAAACAUUUUAUCUUCUAGAACUGAGGAAGGUCAACCACCACCUAAGACGUCAUCUAAAACAAGUAUCAAACUUCACUGCUGUUCUGAAUGUGGCAAAGAGUUUUCAGACAUGAGUAAUCUUCAGAGCCACCAACGAAUUCACACAGGAGAGAAAACGUACUGCUGUUCUGAAUGUGGUAAACAAUUCCCACGAUGUAGUACUCUUCUGAGGCACAUUAAAACUCACUCAGGAGAGAAGCCAUAUUGCUGUUCUGAAUGUGGCAAGCAAUUUUCAAGAAGAAAUAACCUUUUGAUUCAUGAAAGAAUUCACACUGGAGAGAAGCCAUAUUGCUGCCCUGAAUGUGGAAAACAAUUCUCUUAUAAUAGUAAUCUUCAGGUACACAUUAAAACUCACUCAGGAGAGAAGCCAUACUGUUGUUCUGAAUGUGGUAAACAAUUCCCGCGAUGUAAUGCUCUUCUGAGGCACAUUAAAACUCACUCAGGAGAGAAGCCAUAUUGCUGUUCUGAAUGUG